AGGUUGCUUAUCCAUUCAAACAGAACAAGAAAAAUAAAGCGUUCCAUAGCCUCCCAUAAAAAUGAAGAAUACUAUCUUCUCUGCUCUCUUUCUACUUUGUGCCUUCACCACCUCAUACCUACCUUCAACCACCGCGGUGGUCGAUACCAACGGUGAUAUUCUUCAGAAUCCUGGCACAUACUUUAUCUUGUCCGUUUUUCGACCCGGCGGCGGAGUAGAAUUCGCCGCCACUGGAAACGAAACUUGCCCUCUCACUGUUGUGCAGACUCUCUUCGGGAGGGGAUUUCCAGUAAUCUUAUCGUCCCAGUUACGAAUCCCUAUCAUCGGCGAAGGACAACUCUUCAGCAUCCUGUUCCGUAUUGUGCCAUGGUGCGCCACCACUCCUUCUAAGUGGACCAUUGUGGAGGGUUUACCAGAAUCACCCGCGGUUAAACUCACUGGGUACGACAACACAGUGCCUGGUGAGUUUAAAAUUGAGAAAGCUAACCCUUUCCAUAACGACUAUACCCUUUUGUUCUGUCCAGCUGGCGAAGAAAGCAAAUGUGGGCAUAUUGGGAUUCAUUUCGAUGAUGAUGGAAACAGGCGUUUGGUGGUGUCUGAGGAGAAUAUAUUAAGGGUUCAGUUUCAGAAAUUUGGAUCAUCAGCACCGGAUGAGGCAUCACUGGCCCUUAAAAAACAUCAUGUGCUCUCUGUCAGUGAGUGAGUGAGAGACAAGUGUAAGACUAAAUGAAUGGUUUGGUUGUAAUAAAUAAAUUUUUAAUUGCCAGACUAAAUAGAACAAUCAAACCUUAUUCCUUUUUAUGCCAGAUUAUGUAUGGGUUGCAUCUCUUACAUGGAGUUCUUAGUUUCUUUUUCUUCUUCUGUUCUGUUUGUUUUCUUUGCUGUUUGUUGCUUUCCUUUUCUAGCUGAUGUAUCCAGAGAAAGCUCAUUCCUUCCA